UGUGUUUUGCUCUGCAGUCCAAACGCUAAACAGCAAUUUCUCAAUCUCUGCGUCUAUUUGUGCCAGUUUUGCUUCCAACCGAGCUUCUGAUUGCAGGUUAGUGACGUAGCAAAACAUCAACAGAGACAGGCAGAUAGAGAUAGAUUCGGAGAUGGAUGGAUAGACAGAUGUUGGGGCGGAACUUGGAAAUAUUUCCACGUUAUUAGCUCCCUUCAGCAUUCAUUCUGCAUAAACGAUCGGUUUGAUUACAACUGGCAAUAACUCAGGAAUGUAGGCUGCAAGGGGGGGAAAAAGAGUGCUUUUAAGAAAAGACAACUGAUACGGAAAUUAAACAUAAUGAGGAGUUUUACCGUGGGAGUUAAAGACGAAGGAAGAUAUACGAAGUAAUAACUGUUCACUCUGAUCUUUCCAAUGAAAGAGGGGGAGUGACUGAAACUAACCUCUCAUCUCAGAUUUUCUGACAUAGAUUAAAGAAGUUCCGAGAAGAUGUAUCUGUUAUGAAAAUCAACACGUUAUGAGACUGUCAAAUAUACACUAUUUCGAACACGUUUGUUUGUAUUUAUGAAUACUGUUAUGCCUAAAACAUUUUAACGAGAGAUCGAGGAUAUCGGAUUUUGUUGCAAGAUACUUAUUUUUUUUUUUUUUUUUUUUUUUUUUGAAAGAGCAGUCACAUCUCUCUGUUGACUUUCAAUAGCGGUGACCAACCGCCUCCGCAAAAGCCGGUUGCAAAUAACUCCCAAAGAGACACAUUGUGAAAAAACAAAAAGUUGCAUUUUCUCUUUGAGCGCUCUUGAUUUUUAUUCCUGCAUGAAAAGUCCUGCGGAAACUAUUGAACAGCACUAUGACGAGGAGAAAGCAGCAAGUACCGAGGCGGUCUGCAGCAUAUGUGCCUGAGGAGGAGCUGAAAGCAGCAGAAAUUGAUGAGGAUGAUGGACUGUCUUUAGACGCCCAGGACAAUGAAUACAUAUGUAACGAGGAAGAAGAAAGCAAGGAUGCUCCAAGCUAUCAAAACUCCCCUCUCAGCACCGUGACCAAUCAGGAUGCAGGGUACGGGUCUCCCCUUAGUGACACCAGUGAUAGACUGGCAGACUUUAAGAGCACUUCCUCAAAAGAUGGCCAUGACAAGGAGGAGGCCUCCAGCAUGGACAAUGGUCUCACCAUCCAAGACAGCUUAGCUCAAAUGAAAGCUGUGUAUGCAAACUUGAUCUCUGAUUCCUCUUGGUCCAGUAUUACUGUGGAUAUAAUGAAAGCCAAGCCGGUGAGUGCCAGCACCAGCAGUAAUGGUAGCAGCCACAAUGGAAGCAACAACACAAGCAAUGGGGGAGGGUUAACCUAUGACUGGCAUCAAGCUGCUUUAGCCAAAACCUUGCAGCACACUCCUUAUAGUUUACUUCCUGAGCCAAGCUUAUUCAGUACAGUGCAGCUUUACAGGCAGAACAGUAAACUGUAUGGAUCAGUGUUCACUGGCGCUAGUAAAUUUCGAUGCAAGGACUGCAGUGCAGCCUAUGACACACUUGUGGGGCUGACGGUACACAUGAACGAUACUGGCCACUACCGGGAUGACAACAAAGACAAGGAAGCUGACAACCGUAAGAAGUGGUCGAAACCGAGAAAGCGGUCCUUGAUGGAGAUGGAAGGGAAGGAGGAUGCACAAAAAGUGCUAAAGUGCAUGUACUGCGGGCACUCCUUUGAGUCUUUGCAAGACCUGAGUGUCCACAUGAUCAAAACAAAGCAUUACCAGAAAGUGCCUCUUAAAGAACCAGUGCCAGCUCUCACCAAACUGGUUCCUUCUACCAAAAAACGAGCACUUCAGGACUUUGUCUCCCCCUGCUCUCCAGAGUCUGUAAGUAGCACACCAGGUGUCCCAAUGGGCGAGCCCACAAAAGAUCAGAAAACUGCAAACCCGUACGUAACUCCCAACAACCGCUACGGCUAUCAGAAUGGUGCCAGUUACACCUGGCAGUUUGAGGCCAGGAAAGCCCAGAUAUUGAAAUGCAUGGAGUGUGGAAGCUCUCAUGAUACUCUACAGCAACUUACAGCUCACAUGAUGGUCACCGGCCAUUUCAUCAAGGUGACCAACUCUGCUUCUAAGAAGGGGAAACAGCUGGUCUUUGACCCAGUGGUAGAAGAAAAGAUUCAGUCUAUUCCUUUGCCACCCACUACUACACGGCUGCCAUUGCCAAAUAUCAAAUCACAGCCAGAUUCUCCAGCUCAUUCAUCAAACUCUGAGGAAAAGAGAGAACCAGACGAUGAGCCAUUGGAAGCCCAGGAACCAGAGAAGAAAAUCAAAGAGGAGAAAGAGGACCCUGAUGAGAAGUUUGAGUCCAACACACCCUAUGAGUAUCUCCGUGAAGAGGACCUGGAAGAGACCCCAAAAGGUGGAAUGGAUAUCCUGAAAUCCCUGGAGAACACAGUCUCAAGUGCAAUCAGUAAGGCCCAAACUGGAGCCCCAACAUGGGGAGGGUAUCCUAGCAUUCAUGCAGCAUACCAGCUCCAAGGUUCAGUGAAGUCUGUCCAGUCCACAGUGCAGAGCAUCCAAGUGCAGCCCUCUUUCACUAAUAACAUGAAAACAUUGUCCUCGGAACACACUGCACUGAUCCAUUCCCCUGGUAAUAUGUCCCCGCCCCUCCACAAGAGCAAUGUCUCUGCCAUGGAGGAGCUAGUUGAGAAGGUGACAGGGAAAAUAACUGUGAAGAAAGAAGAAAAGGCUGUGGAAAAAUGCAAACUGCUCCAGAUCAAACCCUUGUCUCUGACCUCUAAAGAGAACAAGGACUUGCCCAAGCCUGACGACCUCAACAGAAAGCCAGCGAAAAAGAACAACAUUGCAGAGGCAGAGCUCCCAAAUCCACAUAAAGAGGGCCAGCUGGAUAAUCACAUCAAAAAUGGCACAGAGGCCCUGAAGUCACCAGUCAGUAAUGGUUGUAACAGUUUGGGAAUCAUUACAGACCAUUCACCGGAACAGCCUUUUGUGAAUCCCCUAAGCGCAUUGCAGUCUAUUAUGAACACUCAUUUAGGUAAAGCAGCAAAGCCAAUAAGCCCAACCUUGGAUCCCUUGGCUAUGUUGUACAAAAUUAGCAACAGCGUUUUAGAGAAGCCCAUCUAUCCCACAACUCAGGUCAAGCAAGCCGAUCCCAUCAACAGGUACUACUAUGAAAGUAAUGACCAGCCGAUCGACUUGACAAAAUCCAAGAACAACAACAGUAACAAUACCAACAGUAGCAGUAGGCCCAUUAUUUCCAGCCUGACAGAAUCAAUUUCAUCCCCUCUGAGGGAGAAUGCACUGAUGGACAUUUCAGACAUGGUGAAAAACCUCACCGGGCGCUUAACGCCAAAGUCGUCCACACCGUCAUCUGUGUCGGAAAAGUCUGACGCUGAUGGGAGCACCUUUGAGGAUGCUUUAGAGGAGCUUUCCCCCGUCCAAAAACGGAAGGGCCGGCAGUCGAACUGGAACCCACAGCAUCUCCUCAUUCUUCAGGCCCAGUUCGCAUCUAGCCUGAGGGAGACCCCAGAGGGCAAAUACGUAAUGACAGACCUGGGCCCACAGGAGCGGGUCCACAUCUGCAAGUUUACUGGUCUCUCCAUGACCACCAUCAGCCAUUGGUUGGCCAACGUAAAGUAUCAAUUGAGGAGGACAGGUGGAACCAAAUUCAUAAAGAAUAUAGACUCAGGUCACCCAGUAUUCCUCUGCAACGAUUGUGCCUCUCAGUUCAGGACUCCUUCCACCUACAUUAACCACUUAGAGUCUCACCUAGGCUUCAGCUUGAAGGACCUCUCCAAGCUGUCUUUGGACCAUGUCCGGGAGCAGCAGACUGUUUCAAAGGUCAUAACUGAAAAGACACUUGGCUCACAUGGGUUCUCUGAAGAGGACUCAGGCUCUUUAUUCCAGUGUAAGCUGUGCAACCGGACUUUCGCCAGUAAGCAUGCAGUCAAACUGCACCUCAGCAAAACACAUGGCAAGUCACCCGAGGACCAUCUGGUGUAUGUAAAUGAACUGGAUAAAUUUGAAAAAAAGUAGAGUCCAGGUGAGCAGCUGUGAAACUAACCAUAAAAUCAUUGCACUAAAUUUAAUCACAGUACUGCACAGGCCUGAACUGAGCCUUCAAAACAAGUCUUACUUAUGUUGUAGAACUGCCUAACUGGACCAUGUUUUUUUUUUUUUUUUUUUUUUUUUUUUUUCCUUUUACACUUAUUUUGUAAUGUAUUUAUAUGCUAUUUGUCUGAGCUGUGCAUGUCUUUUUGUGAAUUGAGUUUUCUUUCUAUUCUUGUUAUACAACUGCUGUUUCUAUGUAGACUUCAGUGGUGACCAUGAAAUUAAAGCUAUGUAAAUUCAUAAUUUAAUAUGAAGAAAUUAAAAAAAAAAAAAAAAAAAAAAAAAAAA